AACAAAUAAUCCUGGAAAACAAAUAAACAAUCUGAUUGCGCAUUCAGGCAACAAGCUGUAUGUGUUGAUUAAAUUAAUCCUUAAUCCUAUUACACGGAUGAAAAAUUUAUGCAAUGCGAUCGUUUUUUUGUCCUUCAGCAAGUUCAUAGUCAGAGAUGUUUAAGUCUUUCUUAAUAUUCCUUUUUUUCUUACAACCUACCUAUUGUUUUGAUAAAAAUUGGAUUUGGUCCAAUGAAUGGUUUAACAAAAACAAUUGGCAGCCUUCCAAACUUCCAUGCCCAAAUGAUAGGAUAACACUAGGAGAUGGAAUUAUAUAUGUGAAAGGCAAUGUGUCUGUAGUUGAAUCACUGACUUUGUCACAAAAUGGAGAAAUCGUACUUGGGGCUAAUUCAGAACUAGUUGUGCAGGACAGUGUGCGAAAAAGUGAUGGUGUUUGUGCAGAAAAUGAGCCAAUCGAUAUAAAAUACGUUAAAGUCCCAGCGAAGGUGUGGUUAAAUCCUUUAAACUGGCAGACUGCAGUAGAUGGCUUUAAAAAUGAUUACUUAACAUCAGGAGCUCCUUUUAUCGAGCGCAUUCCAUGUGAGAAUGAUGAUGUGGUGUUUCCUGAGGGUGGUGCAUUCACAGUCCAAAUUACAGAUCCUAUUAAAGUUAACAGCGUAUCUCUAGAUAGACAGAAAUUAUUUGAUGACGAAGUUCUACAAACGUAUUUAAAAUCAAUUGAUGGAAAUAAAAGAUUUCAAAUGACAACAGAACUGUCGUCCUUGUCUAUUGCUUCUAACAAAGCUUGUCCGAAAGAAGGUUGUUUGUGUGGAAAUGCCAAGCUAAAAUCAGAAAUAUGUAAGACUUUUGAUUGUCCUAUACCAUGCGAGAAAAAGGUUCUACCCUUCCAGGAUUGCUGUUACAGAUGUGGUGCCAUAAUUGAAAUGACAUUUGAUACAAACUUUAAUCUUCGCACUUGUUGGAAGAAAUUGGGAAAUAUUUUGCAACAAAAUGUCAAUUAUUCAAGUGUGCGUUUAUAUAUGUCACGAAUCAAGCCUGAGAUUAUCCAACUGUUGCUAAGCGACGAAGAAAAUGGUAUUGCGUCUGAGUCUGCUGUUUACACACUGAAGACAUAUUUAGAAUCUGUUGGUAAAUCGGACAACUGUAGCCACAAAGCUUUGGUUACCAUCUUUUCGAAGAAAACCAUACCUCCACCUGAAGCGCAAACUGAUUCCAAAGUAACAGUCAUCUCACUUUCCAUAAUCUUACCUAUUGUCAUAUUUAUCCUGAUUGUCGUUUUUAUUGCAACGUGUAGAAGAAAGAAAAGAUCAAACGAACCUGUGAAAUUCACCAAUGACGUCACAACCUUCCCUGGGAUAGAUGGCAUUGAGUAUAAGACAUCGGAUUUUAUAGAAAACUACCAAGGUGGAGGAGUGUCUUUUACUAAUCCUACUUAUGACGUCAUGCAAGACCCUAACGCUAAUGUAGAAGAUGCACCCUCACCAAAAUAUGAUAUUCCAGUAUCUUUCUUUAAAGAGCACAAAGUAGAGUUGCACGAUAAGAAGAAAACAGUCGACAUAUCUGCUUUAGAAAAUCCUGCUUACAAUGCAUACAGUAUGGAGCCUGGUUUAGAGAAGGACCAAACUGGUGCUGGUGAUGACAGUGUUGGUGUGACUAAUCCUCUCUACGCAGAAAUAUUUGAUGAAAAGGUUGAUUUGACAAACAAUAACCCUGUUGAUGAUGAAAAUAGCGAUGAUGUAAAAGAUGAAGAUGGGGAAGAGGAGGUAAAGAAAAAUGACACUCUGAAAGCAGUGGAAGAACUUACUAACAACGAAGACACACAGUCUGUUGAUUCUCUUCAAACAAAACUCAAACUUCAAUUGAAUUUAGAAGAAGAUAGAAAUGAGGACAAAGAUAUUUCUAAUGUUGAUGCGGUUAAUGAUCAAUCGGAAGCGUGAAACACAGGACUUUAAACCUGGUCUGCGUUUUUUCGCUCGAAUUCUGAAUGAGUCAAUUUGUGUAGUUU